AUGUGAGCCGCUAACAAUUAAACUGUCGCAGUGAAUGAUGGGCAAAGCGAAUAUUUGUAAAACUUCAGUUCGUACUAAAUGAUUCACUACUCGUUGGUGACAUCUGCUGGUUACAGGGGCGUAGCUACAUUACGUUUUCCAGUUUAGACCAAACUACACAUAUUAAAUAAAAUACGCAAAACUUUACAUGUGAAAAUCUUAGUAACUAGCUGUCAAUCAGAACAAACAUGUUUUAACCCGUCUGAUUUAGUAACUUUAGUUAGGUUUAUUAAUUCUAACUACUAUAAAACUAACAUGUGAUCACCAUAUGUAAAACUGUAUUCGAUUUAUGGCGCUGCGCAGACCGAUUGUCUUAUGACGUCAUGCACCGAUCAGUCUGCGCAUAGCUUGAUGUUAAAAAAAGAGAGAAGAAGCCUCACGUGACUCGAGUGUUUGUUCCCGUGAUCAUGAGAUCCACUUGCGUGUCAGCUGUAGUUAGAUGUACUGAUGGACAUGCUGGAGCACAACUCGCACACUUUAUACAGUCACAAAAAUCAAGAAAAGAAGGUUGUACAUAUAUCUGAAGUUGAUACAGCAAAUAAAGCCACAGCAGGUGGGGUCGCAGCAGUCAAUGGUGUUCCCCAGCCUUCAGCUUUCCUUGAUGGCAAUUUUCCCUACCAGUUUCAGACAGAAAAUACAGGUGGACAGGUGACCUAUCGAGUGAUUCAGGUAGCAGACGGUCUAGGUAGAGGAGCGUCAGUUAAUGUUGUGUCAUCAUCCAACCUCACCAGACCCCAGCAGGCUGUUACACAGACAGUAAUUCAAAACCCUUUUCAUAAUGAAGGCAGACAUACUGAAGAAGAGGCACUAUGUGCAUAUUUUCCCGAAGCCUCUGUGAGCGAGGGAACGGCCACAGCGAUGUCUGUGCAGGCUGCAGGUGACCCCUCCCUCUCACAAACCCCAGGUCAGUUUUACGUGAUGAUGACUCCCUCAGAUAUUCUGCAUUCUGCAUCACAGAGGACUAUAGCUCCACACGCUCAUGCGUAUACUGUUGAUGAACAACACACACAGCGGCACGAAGCUUUAAACUGGAAAAUGGACAGUCUGCGCAGCCCUAGAGAUGAAAGGAGAAGAGCACAACAUAAUGAAGUGGAGAGACGACGAAGAGACAAAAUCAACAACUGGAUUGUGGCGCUUUCCAAAAUCAUCCCAGACUGCAGCGUGGAGAGCACCAAAACCAGCGCGAGCAAAGGUGGGAUCUUGUCCAAGGCGUGUGAUUACAUCGGCGAGCUUCAGGGACGUAACCAGCGUCUUCAGGAGAGAUUGAGAGGACUUCGAGGGGUACAGAUGGACCAUGAUCUGCUCAGACAGCAGUUGGAUGACCUGAAGAGUGAGAAUGUUCUUCUGCGAUCUCAGCUGGAGCAACACGGCAUUGAGGGGAUUCCUGACAUUCCUACCCAAUGACCCAGACUGAGGAAUUCUGGGAAAGAGACAAGGAUGGCAAAACGGUCAGCACCGGACAUGAGGCAGUAAGCUGACCUGAGCUUCUCUCAAUCUCUGGACACUCUUUACAUGGAGUCAACCCCAGAAGAUGAUUUCAAUUUCAAUUAUUUAUUCAUCCUAACACACCGACUAAACUGUGACGUGGUGUUUAUUUAUGUGUUUCUUGCUUUUUAAUAGACACGUUUUAGCCUAGACAUUUUCUCUUAUUUAAAUAAAAUUCUCUUAGCUUUG